UUCCUCGCCUCCUCUCUCCUUUCCUUUCCUCCCCGUUCACCUCCUUUCCUCGCCCGUUCUACCCCACAAUGCAUUGUGUUCACUCGUUGGAUCAUGGACCAAAGCGACAAUGAUCUUCAAGGGAGCGAUGGCUCUGGGAAUUUGGGUGGCCCAGAUGUUCGAAGACGAAUCCCAAUCAAACUCAUAUCCAAACAGCCCAUAAGGAGCAAACCUCAGCCACGCGUCCAGAGACCCAGCAACAGGCCAUCUAAAAGUGAGGCUGGAGAAGACGAUAACUUUGGAUUCAAGCAAGAGGACAGGUUUGAUUGUGGUGCUAAAGCUGGUGAUGUGUUUGCAAGUCAGAGGAGAUUUCCCCAGCCACUCUUUUGGGACUAUAAGUUACAUUUGAUUGGAGAAAGGGAUGAAGUACCAAUCCACUUCUGCGACAAAUGUGGUCUCCCUAUCCAGCUAUACGGACGGAUGAUCCCCUGCAAACAUGUUUUCUGUUACGACUGUGCUUUGCUUCAUGAGAAGAAAGGAGAGAAGAUGUGCCCAGGCCUCACCCUCUACAACUGCACGGACCCGGUGCAGCGCAUCGAGCAGUGCCAGCGUGGUUCCCUCUACAUGUGCAGUGUUGUGCCAGGAUGCAAGCGCACGUACCUGUCCCAGCGGGACCUGCAGGCCCACGUCAACCACCGCCACCUGAGGGCAGCCAAGUCUUCCGCGGGCCGCCAGGAGCCCGUGCACCUGGCCCCUUCAUCCGAUGUCCCUGAUCGUUUCCGCGUGCCUCCCCCUCACCUACCCAAGAACCAUGUUCACCUACCUAACCCGCUCCAGCACAGCAGUCACGAUCCCUACAGUCAGCCGCCGCCACCCGCCGCUCACGAGGCCCCGCCCCCAACAUCUGCUCUUGGUCCUGAGACAUUCCGCAUCGCCACGGUGACAACCCGUAAACACAGCAAUCUCAUCACCGUGCCCAUCCAAGAUGACUCCUCCUCUUCGUCUCGUGACCCCCUCUCCAGUGGGCCGGGCCCCGGUCAGCCCCCCCACCACCACCCUGGGGACUAUCCUGGCCAGCCACCUGUGGUGUCCCACUCUCACCACAUGAUGGCACCACCACAACAGCACUUUGGCCCCCCACCUCCCCCUCCUCCUCCCAUCAGCCACCCAAUGCAGCAUCCUCCCCAAGGCUCUGGGACACCACACAUGGUGUACAACCAGGCCCCCCCUCCCCCCAUGUCCACAGCUCCCCCACCAAUCACUCCACCACCAGGGCAUAUUAUGGGCCAGAUGCCCCCCUAUAUGAACCACCCGCCCCCAGGACCUCCCCCACAACACAGUGGCCCCCCCGUCAAUGCCCCCCCACCUCAUCACUACAACCCCAACUCCAUGCAGCAGUUCCCUGAAGACCAGGGCACCCUCAGUCCCCCGUUCAGCCAGCCAGGAGGGCUCAGUCCUGGGAUGUGGCCUGCUCCCAGAGGGCCCCCACCUCCGAGAAUGCAGGGUCCUCCGCCCCAGGGCCAGAUGCCUGGACCACAUCACCCAGAUCAGGGCCGCUACCGGCCUUACUAUCAGUAAACUGCCAAGUGAAUGAAUGGGGGACAGUUUGUGUCAUUCUGUUCCAUACCACUUGUCUGAAUAAUGUGAUAGUCAACCUCAGGGUUACAGGAUGUAGAACCUUCAUUUUGAUAAUACUGCCCAGGAGCAAAUGUGUAUGUGGUGCACAUUUUAGUUAACUGUACUGAACUCCCCACUGAACAUACUAUAGACUUGGAGAAGAGCAGGACUGUCCCUUUUUUUUUUUUUUUUUUUUAAAA